AUGGCGCUGCUGAAGGUCAAAUUCGACCAGAUGAAGCGGGUGAAAUUGGCCCAAGGGCUCUGGCUUAUGAACUGGCUCUCGGUGCUGGCUGGCAUUGUCAUCUUCAGCCUAGGGCUGUUCCUUAAGAUCGAACUGCGGAAGAGGAGUGAAGUGAUGAAUAAUUCAGAGAGCCAUUUUGUGCCCAACUCCUUGAUAGGGAUGGGGGUGCUGUCCUGUGUCUUCAACUCUCUGGCGGGCAAGAUCUGCUAUGACGCCCUGGACCCUGCCAAGUACGCCAAGUGGAAGCCCUGGCUGAAGCCGUACUUGGCUGUCUGUGUCCUCUUCAACAUUGCCCUCUUGCUGGUGACCCUCUGCUGCUUCCUCAUGCGGGGCUCCCUGGAGAGCACCCUGGCCCACGGGCUCAAGAACGGCAUGAAGUACUACCGAGACACAGAUACCCCUGGCAGGUGUUUCAUGAAGAAGACCAUCGACAUGCUGCAGAUUGAGUUCAAAUGCUGUGGCAACAAUGGCUUUCGAGACUGGUUUGAGAUUCAGUGGAUCAGCAAUCGCUACCUGGACUUCUCCUCCAAAGAAGUCAAAGAUCGCAUCAAGAGCAAUGUGGAUGGGCGAUACCUGGUGGAUGGCGUUCCCUUCAGCUGCUGCAACCCCAGCUCACCACGGCCCUGCAUUCAGUACCAGCUCACCAACAACUCAGCACAUUACAGCUACGACCACCAGACGGAGGAGCUGAACCUGUGGGUGAAUGGUUGCAGGGCCGCCCUGCUGAACUACUACAGCAGCCUCAUGAACUCCAUGGGUGCUGUCGCCCUCCUUGUCUGGCUCUUUGAGGUGACCAUCACGAUUGGCCUGCGCUACUUACACACAGCACUGGAAAGUGUGUCCAACCCGGAAGACCCUGAGUGUGAGAGUGAGGGCUGGCUUCUGGAGAAGAGUGUGUCGGAGACUUGGAAGGCCUUUUUGGAGAGUCUGAAAAAGUUGGGCAAGAGUAACCAGGUGGAAGCUGAGGGUGCGGAUGCGGGCCAGGCCCCAGAGGCUGGCUGAUGGCCCUGGGGCGCCCUCCCCUCCUGAACACAGAGAAGUAGCGGACUCCAAAA